AUGGGGCACCGUGUCCCAGCCUUACUCAUCCACUUUUCAUGUGUCUCCUUAGCUACAUGGGGCAAAGCGUUACGUGGAGGAGGUGCACUGAAGCUCGUCUCGACCGUUUCUCAUGAACAGUCGAUGCGAGCUUCUGGAGGAGAUCAACCGCAGAUGAUGGGGAAGGCGAGCAACGGGGUCGUGCACACGACUAAUCGAACUGUAAUCAUGCCCGAACGUGGAACACGUUUGUUGGCAGAACUCAGAACGUCGUCGUCGUCGCCGUCACCGUCGUAA